AAAGGCAAGGAAACAUUUUUCUGUAGAGAAAUUUACAGAAUUUGAUUUAGAACAUAGUUUGUUACUUAACAAGGAUUGGCUUCUCUUUACACAAAUGCGAUUUGCGGUACCGCAGUUGUUGGUAGGUACGAUUGUGGGAGACAGAUCUGGAUUUAUUGCAAUAAACACGAUAGAGCCCUAUGGGCACUAUAUUUUAGCAGACACGCAUCAUGGGUGCCGGUUCACACCCGAGCUAUCAACAUUUCCAACAAAAGAAGCAAGUAGGGCUUGCGAUCUUCUGAUCGUCUCGAGCCAACGUCUUGACCAUGAAUCUGUUAAUUUAGGAGCUCAUGCCACGCUUUUUGAACCAUCAUCAAGAACUCGUAUAUUCUUGGAUAAACAAUCAGUUCAAAGGGCACAUGAUCUUUUCAAGAAGAAUAACAUUGAAGAAGUAAGUGCGAUGCCCUGCUUGUAUCAGUUGAAACAGGUUCGAUCGAAAUUUGAUAAACUUUCUAUUUAUAAUACAAGUUCGAAAUAAUAAAGAAA